GUGCUGCCGGGUGUGUAGCUGCCAACACGACUGUCAUCGAACAUGUUGUUCAGACUUGCCUGUCUAUUCCUUUCAUUUGGAUUAAUUGUGGACACCGAAGGAACGCAACGCCAUGUCAGUUUACAGAAACGUCGAACUGGACCCUGCCAUACGCCUAGUCACGUGACAAAUGGUUGGAUGAGUUGCAGUGCAACGACCUACACACCUGGGACCAUGUGCUGGGUGAACUGUGACCCAGGAUACCAAUCAUUACAAUACCUCAUUAAAUGCCAGGAAGGCAGAUACGGCGUCACCGAAUCGUCAUGGUCAGGCAGAUUUGGUUGCGAAGUUGCAAAUUGUACAUCUGCGCCCACUACACCCAAUGGAAGAUUUGACUGUCCUUCAUACAUUCCCAUUGGUGCCUCCUGCAACCUGACCUGCAACCACGGAUUCAAACCUGCAUACUCAAACCAACUCUACUGUGAUCGGGGAGGUAGAUGGAGCUACGACGCUCACUGUGUAGAAGUCAAAUGUCCAGCACCACCUACCGUGAACAAUGGCGUCCUUCAAGUGCAGGAGCAGCACACCUUCUAAUUAUAAGCUGGACGAUGUGUGUGAAGUUACCUGUAACCCUGGCUACAGAUUGAAUUCUGCUUCUGAGAUCAAGUGUUUGGACAACGAUACCUGGUCUGCUGCAGCUUGUGUUGAACACGUGUGUCCCCCUCCUCCCUCUGUGUCUCAUGGUCGCUACAACUGCACUGAUGCCACCAAAGUUAUUGGCACCGUCUGUGGUCUCCUGUGUGACAGUGGAUACAAACCGGGGACUGGGGUGACGGCGGUGACGUGCUUGGAUGAUGAAACGUGGACAACGCCGUCGUCGUGCAUAGAGAAGAAGUGCCACGCCCCCCAACAUGUGGACAACGGAUACCUCAACUGUAGCGCACCCUCAGUCAGGACGGGCACUUCCUGUAACUUGUCUUGUGAGUCCGGGUUCGGGCCAAGCUUUGGUGUCAGAGAACGGCUGUGUCAAUCGGAUGAGACGUGGUCGGAAUCGGUCACAUGUGUUGACACAUCGCCUCCGAACUUCAUUAACUGCCCCUCUAGCCAGUCUCACAUCCUAAGGCCAAACCAAACAACCAUCAACAUCACGUGGACAGAGGUCAAGGCCAUAGACUCUCCAAAUGGUGACUUCCUGAACGUGACCUUGACAUCGAACCUGCAACCCGGAAGAGCUUAUCCCGCAGGGAACUACACUGUACAUUACGAGACCAUGGAUAAGUCAGGAAACAAGGCACAUCCCUGCUACUUCACCGUGUCAAUAUGGACUUGUCCGCAAGGUUCCUACCUUGAUGUGUCAAAGAACAAAUGUGCUCUGUGUCCUAUUGGAACAUACCAGGAACAGAAAGGACGCGUGGCAUGUGUUCCGUGUCCAACCAGCUUCACGACGGCUUCUGAGGGGUCAGAUUCCUCGUCAAACUGUACAGGUUGCCCAAAAGGGUCCUAUCGUGAUGUGUCAAAGAUGAAAUGUGUUCUGUGUCCUACUGGAACAUACCAGGACCAAGAAGGAAGUCUGCAAUGUGUCCCGUGUCUGCAUGGCUUCACGACAGUCUCGGACGGAUCCAACUCCUCAUCCAGCUGCAGUGGUCCCUGUGGUCCUGGCAGCUUCUCUUCCGAUGGCCUUGAACCCUGCGCCUUGUGCCCCAUAGGAACAUACCAGACUCAGUCAGGAUCUAAACAGUGUGACGCUUGUCCUGCGGGGAGGAGGACGAAGAUGCCUGGGGGCAACAGACUUGGAGACUGCACAUGUCCCAGAGGGUAUUACCUGAUGGACUUCUUGCUCUUGACGAAAUGCGUGGCUUGUCCUAAAGGAACCUACCAAGAUCAUGAAGACAGUAACAAGUGCAUGUAUUGUCCGUGGGGUUUCUCCACUUCGACCAAUGGUGCUGUCUCCAAGACGGACUGCAGAGCUCCGUGUCAGCCCGGAACGUCUUCAUCUGAUGGUCUUCAACCGUGUACUCCAUGUCCAAGAGGGUCGUAUCAAAGCUCACCGGAACAAUUAGACUGUGACCUUUGCUCUAAAGGUUCCACGACCAACGCCACAGGUGCUCUUGAUUCAACUGACUGCACAGUGGCUGGUGUCUGAACACAAAAUGGAAUACAGAAUUAUUUGUAUACAAUGUGGCGUUGGUCAUUCACGUUGCCCGAGCCGACUGCUUUUUUAAUGCAACAUGUGCCUCGUGUUCAGUGAAAUACAGAUCAACUAUAUUCA